UAGCGUUGAAUAUCGGUUCAUACUAUUACGCUUCUGGAAAGACAGCCAUUGAGUGAUGGAGUUGCGUGUUGACCUUCAAUUUCGCACGACUUACACGAAGCAGGUGGGCCGUACGGCAGGUAUAAUAUGCAUGUGAUCUUGUCUGCUCGCCAUGUUGGUUUCGUUGGGCAUUCGUAACUCUCAUUCACACAUUCUCUGCUCUCAUAUCGACUGCCUUUUCAAUAUCCUCUCUUUUUCUCCCGUUGAACACCUCGAGCGGAAUCCUCGGCUGGUCUGAGUGGACGCUCUUUACCUUCUCGCACAUUUUACAGGACCUGAGUCGUCCCCUAAACAGCUCGUCAACCGGCUUUAUAACAUGCGUUUCGAGAUCAUUGCACUUCUGGCGGUAGCCGCCACUACCUCGGCUCAGUCGGUCGUCGGUACAGCCUACGGUUACGGUGCCGGUGCGACUGGCGGAGGAGACGCCGCCCCUGUCACCCCGGCCUCAAAUGAGGAACUCGAGCAGUACCUCGCCGAUGACACCAAGCGCGUUAUUCUGCUCAAUCGAGAGUUCGACUUCACCGGCAAGACCGCGUCCGGUGCUGGCUGCGACAAGACCACCUGCUCCGCCAAUAGCGGCGGUGGACAGUACUACUUGGGCGACCUCUCCUGCGGCGGCUCCGACAUGACACGCGUCAGCUCCAUCACCUACGACGCAGCUGGUAUCACCCCGCUCAAAGUCGGAUCUAACAAGUCCAUCCUCGGUGUUGGCGGGAAGGGCGUGAUCAAGGGCAAAGGGCUUUCCAUCGCCAAAGGUGCCAGCAACGUCAUCAUUCAGGGUGUCGAGUUCACAACAAUCAACCCCGGCAUCGUCUGGGGAGGUGACGCUCUCGACAUGCAGGGAGGAAACACCAAGAUCUGGGUCGACCACUGCAAGUUCUCGCUCGUCGGUCGCAUGUUCGUUGUCAGCCACUACGACGGCGCCGAGGCCACUCUUUCCAACAACGAAUUUGAUGGCGUCACCGACACCUCGGCUACUUGCAACGGCAACCACUACUGGACAAUGAUGAUGAUUGGGAAGACCGACAAGUUCACCCUUGACAAGAACUACUUCCACCACGUUUCCGGUCGCGCCCCCAAGCUCGGUCAGGACGGUGUCAACAGCUACUUCCACGCAGUAAACAACUUAUUUGAAGAGAUGAAGGGCCACGCUUUCGACGCUUAUACUGGUGUCCGCGCACUUGUCGAGGGUAACGCAUUUGUUGCUGUUAACCAGCCCAGCACCGAGCACGCUGCUGGUAUCAACACCUUCGUCAGCAAGGGUGGUAACGCCUGCUCGUCUGUGUUUGGCCGUGCUUGUCUUGAGAACAGUGUCGACUCUUCUAGCGGCAAGCUGUCCUCGGGUUAUUCCUCUGGCUUCAUUGCUCAGCUUGGAAAGAUUGACGUUCCUAAGCCUAUCGAGGCUAGUAAGGUCGCCGCCUACGUCAAGGCCAACGCAGGUCCGGCAAACCUCGGUGCUUCUUCUUCACCUGCUCCUGCUGCUACCGCCACCACUGCUGCUGCUGCUACGCCAGCACCUGCUGCUCCCAUAGGGUCUGGUUUUGCCGCCGGUACUGCCAAGCUCUACGCUCAGUGCGGUGGUCAAGGCUUCAAUGGUCCUGCCAGGUGCGAGGCCCCUGCUACGUGUGUCAAGAUGAACGAGUGGUACUCUCAGUGCAUCAACAGCUCUUCCAAGUUCCGCCGCGCGCUGGGCCACUACUGAGCCUGAGAUUUUGUGGUAACUUUACGAAACCUGCAAGUGUUGUGGAGGCACUAUGAGGUCUGUUCCUAUGUAAAUACUACACUUUCGAUUCGAAGCAUCUAAUGUACAUAAAAACUGAAUAUUAAUGUGCUAUAGCCAA